GAGGUACUUUUGUCGCGAACGUCUUGCCCGAUGGGGCAGCCUUUUGCAGCACCUUGAUUGUUCGCGCCUGCCGUUGGUAACCGGCUCACCAGGAAAAAAGUUCCCCUCCAUCUGCCCCGCCGCGUGAAGCUUCUGCAGCAGGUGCGACUGCUGGAACUUCGCGCUGAAGCAGGGCCGUCUGAGGGAGGGCGACAUGCCCCGCACCGUUCUUUCUUCAUGACUUCUCUCCGCUGCUCGCGACAAAUCUGGACGAGAAUCAAGCCCUUCGCUCCAUUCUCUCCUUUUGCUCUUCAGCCUCCUCAGAUCCCUCGAUUUGCCUCUCGGCCGUAUCUCACCGACUCGAUCCGUGCUCACCAAGCAAGAAAGAUGGCGCCUCAACUCGACAGCUUUUUCAGCCAGGUGGACAGCUCUGCUGACCACUUCAUUGAGCGUCUUCGCAAGGCUGUGGCUAUCCCUUCCAUCUCGGCCGAGGAUGCCCGCCGUCCCGAUGUUGUUCGCAUGGGCCACUUCUUGGCCGACGAGCUGAAGGCUCUGGGUGCCGAGGUUGAGCUGCGCCCGCUGGGCAAGCAGCCUCACAAGGAGCACCUCGACCUGCCCCCCGUUGUCCUCGGACGAUAUGGCAACGACAAGAACAAGCGAACGAUCCUCGUGUACGGACACUACGAUGUUCAGCCUGCCGAGAAGAGCGACGGAUGGGCAACCGAGCCCUUCGAGCUCUCGGUUGACGACAAGGGCCGCAUGUUCGGUCGCGGUUCGACCGACGACAAGGGACCUGUCCUGGGCUGGCUCAACGCCAUUGAGGCCCACCAGAAGGCCGGCGUUGAUUUCCCAGUCAACCUGUUGAUGUGCUUUGAGGGUAUGGAGGAGUACGGCUCCGAGGGUCUGGACGAUCUGAUCAAGGCCGAGGCCAAGAAGUUCUUCGCCGACGCCGAUGCCGUCUGCAUCUCGGACAACUACUGGCUCGGAACGGAGAAGCCCUGCUUGACCUACGGUCUCCGAGGCUGCAACUACUACUCUAUCGAAGUCUCUGGCCCUGGUGCCGACCUGCACAGUGGUGUGUUUGGUGGACAGGCUCACGAGCCCAUGACCGACCUUGUUCAGGUCAUGGCUUCUCUCGUUGAUUCCAAGGGCAAGAUCCUGAUUCCCGGCAUCGCGGAGCAGGUUGCCCCUGUCACUCCGGAAGAGGAGAAGCUCUACGAGAGCAUUGCUUUCACCAUGGAGAACUUGCACGAGUCCCUGGGCAGCACCACCACCAUCCACGAGGAGACCAAACCCACUCUGAUGGCUCGCUGGAGAUACCCCUCGCUGUCACUGCACGGCAUCGAGGGUGCCUUCUCUGCACCUGGUGCCAAGACGGUCAUCCCUGCCAAGGUCGUUGGCAAAUUCUCCAUCCGAACUGUCCCCGACAUGGACAUUGACGCGACCAACGCCGCAGUCUACAGGUAUGUCGAGGAGCAGUUUGCCAAGCUCGGCAGCAAGAACACCAUGAAGGUGUAUGCCCAGCACACCGGCAAGUGGUGGGUUGCCUCACCAAAGCACUGGAACUUUUCCGCCGCCGCCAAGGCCGUUAACCGGGUUUGGGGAGUUGACCCCGACUUCACUCGAGAGGGUGGAAGUAUCCCCGUCACCCUCACCUUUGAGGAAGCCACUGGCAAGAACGUCCUGCUGCUGCCCAUGGGAAGCUCAACGGACGGCGCCCACUCCAUCAACGAGAAGCUUGACAAGCGCAACUACAUUGAGGGCAUCAAGCUGCUGGGUGCUUACCUGCACUACGUCGCCGAGGAGCCCCAGAACUAACUGGAAAAUGAGUAAUAAAUGGAUACUGACGGCUCGUCCGGCUGUUGUAGCGGCCCAGCUUAGCGGCAUCUGGGCCCCAAGUGACACGAGGAAUGGAUCGAUUGGAGGCCCAAGCUGCAGAGCCCGAGACAAGUCCCGGCGCUGCAGCCCGCCGCUAAUCACUAACGGGCAUUUUGACGCCCCAUGACCCUCGAACUGGGCGGCGGCCCAAGGGAGCU